GGUAUAUCGGCGAAUUUGCCGGGAGCCGACCCUCACGUUGAUGUUUGCGGCUGAAAGCAUGCCCUCUGACAAAUGUGCGAACAUCCUCUCCACAGCUGUACCUCAUAGAUCAUGGUACGGCACAUCCUUCAUGACGCGUCCACAUCAUGACGAUGGUUUUCCCAUCCUUGAUAAAAAGGUAGGUCGUCGAUAUGCCACAUCUAAGCUCAGCCUUGGUCGUCGUGACUCCUGAUCAUUACCUUUCUCUGAAUCGCUCAACAUGCGUGUCGCUAUUUUCUUUGCGGCCCUGCUAGGCCUAGUCUAUGCUCAAAAUGCCAGCCUUACCCAAGACAACACAAUAGCAACAGAGGGCCUCGUGACGAACACAUCUCGAUUCAACACGUUCCUCCGCGUUGACAAUGGCACAUACGGCCCAACAAUCGAGGAGGUCCACUACUUCUACAACUACUGGCCCAUCGGAAUCGCCGUCUCCAGCACCUCCCGAAUCUUCAUCUGCUACACCCGUGGCGAGUAUGACUACACAGUCAGCGAGGUCGUCAACAUGACAGCGGAAGCCGCAUACCCGUCCGCGGGGCUCAAUCUUCCUGUCGACGCCCUCAACACCACCUUCAACGGCAUCUCAUUCGGCAGCGCCAACUCGACGGGCUUAAUCUCCGUUCAAGCUCUAUACAUCACGCCCGCGACAUCAUCACGACCCGAAACGCUCUGGCUUCUCGACACAGGCAGACCGACGGUCCAAACCUCCACAGGAAGCUACAGCAUGCCCUACGCACAACCUGGCGGCCCCAAAGUCGUAGGCGUCAACCUGUCCAACAACACAGUCUACGUAACAUACACGUUCCCAUCAACAGUGCACUACCCCGACUCCUACAUGAACGACAUCCGAUUCGACCUUCGCGCCGGCCGCAACGUCGCAUACAUCGUAGACUCCAGCAACGAAGGCCGCAACGGCUUCAUCAUGCUGAACCUCACGGACGGAUCCUCAUGGCGACGUUUGACCCAACACCCGUCCGUCCUACGCGUCUACAACAACCUCCCCAGCUACCAAGGCCACCCUUUCUACUACCGCAACCCAGGCAUGCCAAUUGGCCAUCAACAAGAAGGUCUUGACGGCAUCCAAAUCACCCCGGACGGCAACUACAUCUACUACUCCCCCCUGACCAGUCAGGACCUCUACCGCGUCCCCACGGCGAAUUUACUCGCACUGGACUCCGACCCGCUUGCCGAACAAGCCGCCUCCAACAACGUAAGCUGGCUGGGCCAGCGCGGCGGCGAGGCCAACGGUUUCGAAGGAGACACCAACGGCUUGAUCUACAUGCUCAUGCCCACGCACAACGCCAUAUACUACUACGACCCUGCAGACCUGCAAGUCCACGGCUUCGUGCGUGACCCGCGCAUCUUGUGGCCCGACAGCGCAAGUAUCGGCGCCGACGGCUAUUUCUAUAUGAACAUCAAUCAAUUGCCGUACCAGGAUGAAUGGAACAAUGGGAUCGACUUACGCCAAAAGCCUGGGGCGAUUCUGAGGGCGAAAUUGAAUAACAACGGGACUAAAAUCAACACGUUAUACGACUGAGAUAGACAUUGGAAUACGAAAGUCCAUUAAACAAUUGCAAGUCCAUUUGCAGUGUUGAAGCCAGUGUAUGCUGUAGAUGUUGAUCUAGAGCCCUGGUGAUG